AUCACCCACCCCACCCACCCACCCCGCUUGCUAUCCGCCGCCUUGCAGCGGCGUCUCCUCUCGCGUCUCGGCUUCACGCAACCAAAACAACAACAACACCAACACCCUCGUCGUCGUCAUCAACACCAUCAUCACAACAACCUCACUAACGCGAGGUAAGGCGGACAUCUCAUCGCUGCUUGGACAGGGAGCGAGCGAGCGAAGAGCCGCUCCGCCCGGAGGCGGCUUGGGGGAGGGGGAAGCAAUGGCCGGGGACGCGGCGCGGCUGGUCGCCCGGGGCUGCUGCGGUUCCACCUCCGGCGAGAAGAGCUGCUGUGGCGACGAGGUGUGAGCUCUCACGCACGAGGAAUUGGAGAAGACGACGACGAGGACGAGCAGGAGCAGGAGGAGGAGGAGGGCGGAGGCCAGCGGCCAUGGCCGUGGCCGCCGCGUUGCUGCUGCUGGUGGUGGUGACGCUCGCCGGCCUCGGGUCGCCUCCAUCCGUGCUGUGCAGGGCUUUGGAGACGGUGUGCGCAUGGUCCGACUCCAUUCCCAGCCAGAACCCUAUUAGCUUGGGUAAAGACGAUGACCUCAUUCUCCCUGAGAACGGCACGGUCCUGUGCAAGGGCACCAGCAACUGCUUUGGGCUGUGGGCCAAGGAAGAGAAUGGAGAGAGCAGAGUCCUCAAACAAGGCUGCUGGUAUCACACGGGCGAGUCAAAAGAGUGCACACAAGAUGCGUGCAGGGUCACCUCGCCUCCAGCCUUUGUGCGCAAUGGGACCACACGCUUCUGCUGCUGCCAUGCACACAUGUGUAACACCAACUUCACAGAGGACUUUGCCGACUUGCCAUAUCUACCCACAGACCCCAGCCAGCUAGUGUCUCAAAGCAAGGAAGAGAUGGUGAUAUUUACAUUGGCUGCCAUCUGUUUUGUGGCCGUCCUUACAGCGGCUGCCUUCCUGUUCUUUAGGUUGUUUACAGGAAACAGAAAAGGAGGGUUUCAUAACAUUGGUCUAAUAGAGGCUCCACAGCCAGAGUCGACAUUUGACUUGGACAGCCUCAAGCUCCUGCAGGUGGUGGGGCGAGGCAGGUACAGCGUGGUAUGGAGAGGAUCUCUGGAUGAGCUCCCUGUUGCUGUGAAGGCUGUCGCCGUUGCACACCGGCAGUACUUUCACAACGAGAAGGACAUAUACCGCCUGCCACUCAUGGAGCAUGACAACAUUGCGCGCUUUGUGGCAGCCGAAGAGAGGGUGGCAUCCGAGGGCCAUCAUGAAUACUUGCUCAUCCUAGAGUAUUACUCUCAUGGCUCCUUGAGUAAUUAUCUUACCCACCAUACAAGCGACUGGAUGUCAGCAAGCAAGCUGGCUUAUUCCAUCACCAGAGGCCUGGCAUAUUUGCACACAGAGCUACAGCGGAACGACCAGUACAAGCCAGCAAUAGCACACCGGGACCUCAACAGUCGCAAUGUGAUGGUGAAGAGUGAUGGAUCGUGUGUGCUGGCCGAUUUUGGCUUUGCUAUGCGGCUGACGGGCCAGCGGCUCGUGCGCCCAGGGGAGGAAGACACAGCUGCGCUAAAUGAGGUGGGCACGGUGCGGUACAUGGCGCCCGAAGUCCUGGAGGGAGCAGUGAACCUACACGACUGUGAGUCGGCCCUCAAACAAGUGGACGUCUAUUCGCUAGGCCUUAUCUACUGGGAGAUAUACAUGAGGUGCUCCGACCUAUUCCCAGGCGAGAGCAUCUCAGAUUACCAGGCGGCAUUUCAGGCUGAGCUGGGAAACCAACCGACAAUCGAAGACAUGCAGGUGCUGGUCUCCCGUGAGAAGCAACGUCCAAAAUUUCCUGACGCAUGGAAGGAAAACAGCCUGGCGGUGCGCUCUCUGAAGGAGACGAUGGAGGACUGCUGGGACCAGGACGCCGAGGCACGUCUCACGGCCCAGUGCGCAGAGGAGAGAAUCACUGAGCUCAUGAUGCUCUGGGACCGCAACCGCUCGGUCAGCCCCACCGUGAACUCCACAGCCCAGGCCAGCUCUACUGCUGUCCAAAACGAGAGGAAUCUCGCAAGCAUGUGGCGUUUCCCACGACUCGGGCCUUUCCAGGAAUUUUCAUCAUCUUCGUACAUCGAAGAUGCAGGGCAGCCCUCGGAGGGAUUCCAGAAAAACCUACCCUCGGAUCAUUCCAGCUCAGGCACCCAGCCUGCCAUUGAUGCCAAGAAUCGCAAUUCCAUAAACUAUGAGCGGCAGCAGGCACAGUCACGAGCAUUCAGCCCGGACACCAGCCUUACCAGCUUGUCAGCCUCACACACACAAACACCAGGCGUGCCCACCACAUGCCUCAAUCCCAUCCUCGAGGUGGCACCAGGUGCCAUUGGUCAGGCCACACGCUCACCCAUUGUUGCACAUGUGCCGAACCCUGCCUGCCUGCACCUUACUGAAGCAGACCUCAAAGCCAUCAAGAUUGAUCCUAAGGAGGCAGACAAAAACCUGAAGGAAAGCUCAGAUGAAAACCUUACAGAGACCUCAUCUAAACAGUUUAGUGGGAAAGAUACACUAAGCAGCAGCAACCCGAAUUUGCUUUAUCCACUUUUUAGGCUUGCAUCAGAGUCCAGCACUCCAGCUGAGCUGCAGCCUCAGGUGUGUCAGGUUCCUAAUGCAAGUGCAGAACAGGCAUCCCAGCCCUUGCCAAAGCAACCCAACCUGCCAUGUCGCCCUACUAGUCUACCUUUUACUGGUCUAGUGAAAGCCAGAGCAAUACCACAUGGAGACAGAGCUGGUGGCAGAGCCUCAAGCAGUGGGAAAUGCAAUCUGCUGCAGGUGGAAACGGGUGUGGCCAAGAUGGAACUGCAGCAUGUGGCCAAGGCACAAGCAGUGGUCAUGAUGGUUAAUAGUAACGCUCCUCGAGUCAAUGGUGUCAUCCCUUCUUGCAGCAGUAUUGCUGUAAAUGCACCUGCCAUGAAUGAAGCAGCACUUGGUGCAGCAACGCAAGCACUUAUGGUUGAGAUAACUGCAGAGCCCUCCACGAGCACAAAAGUGAGCGGCGCAAAGUUUCAACCACAACAUGCAGAAGAGAAUGGCCUCAGCAGCCAACACUCAAGUCCAGAUGAGAGCCAGCCAUUACUUGGGCGGCCAGAGAAAGAACAGCAACCUUGCCCUGUAAGGGACUCCUGCUCUGGGAGGGAUCAACAAAGCUCUGAGCACUUGGCAGCCGAUGAAAGGGUUGCAGCUUUGCCAUCCGGCCCAAACGUGCACCUUAAUAGCAACAAUAAUAACAGCAACAUGGCCGGGGUGGAAAGUGCCUCCACAAUGGUAGGCGCUUCCCUGGAUGUUGAAGCGACGUCGGAGAGGCCCCACUCUCUCACACUCAGCGUCUAUGAUGCAGAUGCUGAAAACUCAUCUAGCUCAGGUGAAGAAAAGCCUCUGUCCGGUGAAAAGAUCAAGAGACGCGUGAAGACGCCUUACUUGAUAAAACAGUGGCGUCCCACUACCUGGGUCGUAUCUGCAGAUGCCAGCGGUCCCGCACGAUCGCUGGGCGGCCUGAAUGGAGCCAAGGCCCCAGUAGCUGCAAUGCUGCUGGCAGAAGAUGGGGGCCCAGUGGUACCACAGUCAUUGGGAGGCAGCAUGGUGUAAACCUGCUUGGUUGUCCCUUGUGACAGGCACGGCCUUUAUCUGCAGCACUUAGUGAAAUUUUAUUUAAUAUUUAAGAAAUAAAACAGUGAUGCAUUAGCAAAAAUCUACUUUGACCUUGGGGGUUUUGGAUAAUCAAAAGUUCAGGUAAUCGUGAAUGGAAUUGAAAGUUUACUUUAUGAUGUGAUUGCUAUCUGUUUGAGGACAUGUAGUGAUAGGUUAAGGAACUUGUUUGGUUGUCAUUCAGGAAAUUGAGGUACCUGUAUCUUUAGAGCUCAGCGGUUCAUUAGUGAUGUGUCAUUUCUUUGGUAUGUAUGGAAAUGUGGAAUUCCCUCAACAUAGUUAAAAUAGUGAAUGUAAUAUCCUGUUGCCAUAAUGGCUUGUCCUCAUUUACUGAUAUCAUAAAAAAUAUCUUUUUAAACAUGAAUAUAAUUUUAAAAGCAGUGUCAGUUAUUGUUUGUUUAGUAACUGUGAAAAAACUGCUUCGUAGAAUGUUAUUGCAUUGUGUGUAUUAUUUUCAUGGCUUACAAAAAUGAGGCAUGCAUGGAAGUGCUAAAGUAUAUUAUUUAAUUCUACGCAGAAAAAUCGUGGUUAACUACAUGAAAAUAAACAGCAUAGCUAUAAGAAAAAGUAACAUUCUCAUGCUAGUAUAGGAAUAAUAACGAAAAAUAUUAGGAUGAAAAUAUAGACGUUAAGAUAAUUUGCUUGUUGAACAUGUCAACCUAUUUCUUUGUUCUGUUCACCUGUCGUUUCGUUCUGUAUGUGUUCCAUUGGCCAGUGUGCACUUAUUGCUUAAGUCUUGCAAUGCCAUACAGCCAGAUGUGUAAUGUUCGUUGACAAUGUGUCAUUCAUGUGAGGAAAGAAAUGUGAACAGUUUGUCAUAAAAUAUUAUACAUGCUAUAUUGAAGCCCUAUUUUAACAUCAAAUUUGCAAUACAAGUGCUGGUUGCAAUGGAAUGAAUUAUAUUUGCACAUAGACAUAUGGUUAAAUGUUAUUGUAACAAACAUUGAUUUCAAUGCGAUUUUAUAGUUGCAGAAGCUACACUUGGAUUUGUGUUGCGCAAAUUGUAUCGGUCUGUCUCAAUCUACUGUAGUUUUACGUUUGGCUUUGCACUUCUUUUUUACACAUGUAUAACCUUUAGUUUUUGCUGAACAGUGAUCACUUUAUGGGGUCUAAAACUUUUUUAGGCAUACCUUGUUAAAUUUAAAAUUUGUGCUUUUCUGGGUUCUUAACUGCAUUCGAUGUGCAAUAGCGAUUCCUCUGCAUGCUAUGCAAAUAUUGCCCUGUUUAUGAUAUUACUUUUUUUUGGCUACUUGGAUACUAGGUACGUACAUAACACAGGUUAUGUACACAUUGUAAAUUUCCGUACAACGUAUAGAGUAAAAUUAGAAUUGUAAAAUAUUUGUAUUUUUUUAUUUGUAUAACACUUAUUGAAUUUCCCAUCACAAGGAGGAAAAGCUUGUGUGAUCUGCAGGCACUAAGGAUGCAAAACGUAACCCCUCUAUAUAUUGUAUAUUGCUGUUUAUUUGAUGAUGCUGAGACGCAAUUGUGACCUGCUAUGAUACAUGGAGGCCUAGGUGUGUUAAAGUUUAGUUAUACAUUACACUACGUACUGUCCCACCUCUACACCUUGUUGUACAGUGACCAUCUUAAUUGAAUUAACACUGUUGUGCUACUCUCUUCAUUUCGUCAAUUCAUAUUUACUUUCAUGCAGUCUUUUUAAGCAAAAAGAUUGCACUGGAACCUGCUCUGAAGAAUAUAGCAUAUUGGAUCAACUAAACCACUAUGUGACCAAAUAAUGCAAUGUGCAGGAUGAUUUGAAACUGAGUUUAUCUCAUGAAAAAAAAUAAGAUAAAAAUGCAGUCUGCUAUAUUUUUGUAUCAACUCCAUACAAGCUUAUCAGGAAAUGUGAUGUACAUUUUCUGACAUCUAAGCCAUGUCAAAAUAUCGUGUACAAUGUUUAUAUCGAUCGUGAGGUACCAAAACUUUGGUAUGACUUCAGUAGCUCAUACAUUACUGUACUAUUAGUCAACUGACUAGCUUUGAAUUUCGUGUGUGGGUGUCACCUUGCUUGAUAAUUAUAAAACUGAUAGUCCUCGACCAACAUGUGGAAACUCGGAGGAUUUCACAUUUGACUUUACUGUUAUAUGAAUUGAAACAAUUGACAUGUAUGAAGUUGCAUAGUUUUGCCUCUGCUUUAACUUGCAAAUAAAAAGGUCAUGUUAACUA